AUGCUCCUCGUGGCUGUGAACACUUUGUAUCAACCCCCUUUCUGCCCUCUUCUGGGCGAUGCCUGUUUCUUGUGUGUGGCAGCAGCUGCUGGAGUGCUGUGCAGAGACCUGGGACCUCGCCAUGCCCACACAUGGGGACCCAAUGAUGGCUCUUGUGGACUAUCACGAUGGUGUCAUCGCCAGCACAGUGACUCCCCUGCCUGAAGACUUUUUCUGGCCAGAGGAGCUCGUUUCGCCUCCACAAGGGGCAGGAAUGAACAUUCUCCAAAGGGCAGCCUCCAAAAAUGUCUGCUGAGCAUCAGGAUACAAACAAUCCAUCUCUGCCACCCGAGGGCGGGCGUCGCUUCAAGGUGCGUUCUACUCUGUCUCUCAGAGUCACCAGUGGGAUUGCACUCAGUGGCCUGCAGUGGUGACCUGCUUGGUGACCCCCUCACUGGCUUCCUUGCCUUCCUUGUUUCCUGCCUCACUCCAUCUGAUACUCCUGGGAUCACCUCCCUAAGCAAACUCGCACCUACAUCGUCAUCCCAGGGUCUGGCCCUGAUGCUCCUGUCUCCACCAUCCUGUGAUGCAGCUUCACCUUCCAUCUCCGUGGGCCUCUGAUGAGCCCAGGUACCCGGGGUGUUCUCCUUGGCCCCUGGCACAGACAGGAGGCAUCUCCUUAGGAAUGUGCAAAGGACCUUGAAUAUGGUGUCAUAUGUGACACAUAACAGCAUAGGGCAUGUUGUGGAUGGAGAGCAGGAAAAGCCAAGAGCGUGACAGUCUCAAAGGCCUGUGGGAUCCUGAGCCUUUGUGGUGGGAGCUGGGUGUCGGUGUGGGGUGGUUCAGGUUGGUGGCAGCACACGGCUGGCCACCAUCACUGUGGAAGUUUCUGCAUUCUUUCCCGGGAGGUGGAGCCCCAGAGCACAGAGGUGGCAUGGGAGCCAUGCCUAGUGGUGUUCAGAACAGAGGAGUGAUUACUUUGCAUACAGAGAAGAUGAUAUAAGUGUCAGGCUGUGUCCAGAGAGAGAUGCUGGUGGGGCGGGGGUGAGCGGCCACCUAGGACAGCACCAGCUCCGGGAUCUGGCUCUGACCCAUUCGCGUGCAGGCCACAGUGGUCGGCCGGGCAGGGACUGAGCGCGGGGCCACUUCUCUGCCUCAGAGAG